ACAGCAACAAACAACAACCAACUAGUCCAAGAUUUUCUCAAACAAAUUGACCAUAAAUUCUCAUUUUCCUCACUUACUCACUCACUCACUCACUCACUGAGAUUCAUGUCAUCAUAUAAUUAAUUUAACUUCAUCCAAAUCCAAAUCCAAAUCCAAACCGAAAUAGAAGGCAAGUUUCGCAGUAAACACACCACAACACAACACAACCAGUUCCUUUUCCUCGUAAACUCUCUUGUCUUGUCCCUUCUCUACACUACACUCGGAGAAAACCAGGUGAAGCCAGAGAGCCAGAAUGAGUCUGGCAUGUCUUGUGUGCCAUAGUGUGGAUAGUCCAUCUCCAUCACACUCUUUCAGGAGAACUGUUUCAAGUUCAGAAAACGAAGGACGAUGUUCUGCUAUUUCCAAUUGCUUAACAAGGAGAGUAUCUGUUCAACACCCUGCAACACACUCUUUUCUUGCUUCAUCAUCAUCAUCCAAAGUCACCCCACAACCUACUGGUUCCAGUAACAGUGAGAUCCCCGGCGCUCCUCGGCUUGUACGAAGUCGUGCCGUGAGGAGGGACAUUGUACAAGAUUGGAAUUUUGAUGAAGUUGUAAUGGCUUAGUGAACAAUAUGCGGCAGAAAAGACUAAGACUUUUCUUGUACAAUAGUUUUUCUCUAUAUAUUUCUGGGGAAAAUUUCUUGUGCCAUAGUUCAGAGGAUGAUGUGACAAUAUGACAUUGCUACUUUCAAUUUUGUUAUCGGUUUUCCUUAAUUCCCUCUCCAGUUUUCUUGUAUAUAUUGAAGACAUUGUUUCAAUUUGUUUUGGAAUUGCUCUUUCGCUU